UCAAUCUGGAUAUGGACAAAGCCUUCGAAAGGUUCUUUAUCCCUCCACCAGGGUCAGUAGAUUGCAACCUUUUCUCCCCAUCAACUUCAACCCCCCUUACUGCUGUUUCAAUGUCUCCAGACUUUGGUAGUGAAGCUGACAAUUAUUGCCCAAGUUUUCGACAUCUUCCUGAAGAAAAUUCUGAUGGAAUAACAACUGACACUAUAGUGCCCAUUGAAAACAAUGGUUAUAACACUUAUGUUGCAAAUAAUCAAGUGGCAGAAGUGACAUCUGAUGAGGUGGAGGCAGGCUCGAAUAUGUUCCCUGACACACCACAGCCACUAGGUUGCGACAUGCUAUCCCCAUUACACUCGCACAUGCAAGCAGAGUUAGGUUCUUCUUGCAUGUCUUACCCUUUUACCAAUGACUUAAACAGUGGUUAUUGGAGGGUGCAUCACCAGUCUGGCAUGAAUGUGCCAGCUCCCAAUUUCUCGGAGUCCAGGGAUUUAACUCUUAUUAAUCCAGAUGAGUUCUUUCGUAAAAUGUCUAGCAGUCAAACUAAUCUUGCUUUUGAUGAUGGGACCCUGAAAAACAUGGUCUCUGAUAAGGACAAUGGAUCAUGCAGUGGGUCAGAUGCCAAUCUGCUGUUCGCGCUUGAGGAUCCAGAAUUGGUGUCGCUUGAUGAGAUCUUGAAUCCAGAGGUUUCAUCAGGGUUGUUAAAUCAGGAUCAUACUUAGGAUCUCUGGGAGGGUCUGCGGAUCAGAUCAUAGGAUCUGAUUGAAGAUACCCUUACUAAUAUUAGUACGGGUAAAAAUUAAAA